CUUAUUUCAGCAUCUACGAAGCAGGAAGUAUAUAUGUCCAAAUGUAUCUUUUCACUCCUACUGCACUGAAACCAACCUUUCUCUACAAAAUGAAAGAACUGACAGAAAUUCUGGCUGUGGUAUUGGGAAUGAUGAUCAUGUAUAGCUUCCAGGCCUAUUCCCAGGACCCCUUUAACGAUUUGAGGAUUGACUGUGGAGCAUCAAAGAGUACUCCAGCAACAGAUAAUGAUUCUGUGUUUUGGCUUCCUGAUGAUAGUUACAUAAAAACUGGAAAAAACCAUCUCCUCACUUGCAGCCAGAACUUUAGACCAUUGAACAUCCUAAGAUAUUUCCCUGAUGGUAAUAAGUCCUGCUACAACUUGCCAUUUUAUGUAUCGGACAAAAAGUUCCUAUUUCGAGCUGGGUUUUACUAUGGUAACUAUGAUGCCCUUUUAACGCCUCCAAUUUUCAAUUUGGAGACAGAUGGGAAUUUAUGGGCAGCAGUAACAACUUCUAUGAGUGAAGAUGAGCCAAUUUAUCAUGAAAUGGUUUACAAGAUCAAUGGAGAUACUUCACAAGUGUGUUUGGUUCGUACUAGUGAUGAUGUUCCUUUUAUUUCUUCACUUGAAGCCAUAUAUUUUCUCAUGGAUAAUCUUUAUCAUCUUUAUGGGUUGAUGGAGAACAAGACGGCUUUGCUGCUUCAUAGCAGGAUCAAUUAUGGUGCAAACGACAGCAUUGGGCAACUUGCAAAUCAGGAUGAAUGUUGCAACCGAGGGUCUGACUAUCUGAACUUAGUCUCCAACCCCAUCUUUCGUGGAUUUGCAUAUGAUGAAAAUGAACCACCAUGGCCUCUUCUAUCAACUGCGAUACAAACUAAAAAUGUCUCAGAUUCCAUCACUUUACCAGUAGACUUUUCUCCUCAAACCUCAGUAGUGGCCUACUUUAUUUUCUAUUUUAGGGACCCAAUUUAUAGAUAUCCUGAAUUAACUGGUACAUGUGAGAUUUCCGUAAACAGCCAAAAAUUAGGUGUCACAGAUGUUCCAGCCCAAAACACAACUUCCUAUGUGCUGUCAUUUUAUCCAGUUCAGAUUAAUGGUUCAGCUAAUGUAACAAUCUCUGCUGUAGAGGGCCCCAAAUUAGCACCACUUCUUAAUUGUACGGAAGUAUUCUCUGUAAUCAGUGUGACUAAUACAUCCAAGGCUGGAUAUUUGCCAAACUUAUCUGUUUCACUAUGUUUGAUCAUUCUUCAUCUGUUGGCUAUUAUUGUUUUUGGUAUUUGACUGUAAUGAAGCAUAUUAUUAUGAGAUUAUAUUCUGCCACACAUUUUAAUUAAUUAUUCUAUUAAUUAUUUAUGAGAUUAUAUUCUGCCACACAUUUUCCUUUCUUUCUUAUUAUCCUGUUAAUUCGUUUGGUUUUUCUUUUUUUUCAGAAAUCCUUCCAACAGAAGUUUGAUGGAUCAAUUCCUGCUUUCCUUGGAAAUCUGUCCAAUUUGGAGCUGAUGUAGGUGUUAUCAAUUACUUCUAUCAUUAGUGACCUUCGGGAUAAUGACUUUUCUGGAGAUAGUCGCUGAUAUAAAAAUUUUGACGUACUAGUAAGUUGACUUGUCAUGUCAAUAGUUUCAUCCUAAAUCAAAUUCCUAGCUACGAAGAGUUUGCUACGUACAAUUUCUUUGCUUUUUGUCAUAACUUCAGCAUAGAUGGCAACAAGAACCUGCAUCAAAGAAAAGAAAAGAAGUUGGCACUUAGUAGUCAGCCUGUUAUAUGCUCUGAGGACAGUCAACUGAUAGGUAAUCGCCAUGCAAAGCACUUCCGAGGAACAGUAACUUUAGCCAAAUAAGAUGAUUGAAGGAGACUUUCUUAUCAGUUUCCUAUUGCCGCGUAUAGGAGAAUGAUAAAUUAAGAAAAUGACUUCCUAAAUCAUUCCAUUCAUAUAUUUGAUGCAGAAGGAAACCGGGAACUAAAAACAAAUUCCCACAAGCCUUAUCCAAGCACAUUACUUUGUCCAUCUUAAUCGCAUGGAUUGCAUUUUGUUUUCGUUUCUAAUGUU